AUGCUAUCCAUCAAAUCCCUACUGAAUCCUCAGCCCGAAAGGCGGCACCCUUAUCCUUCCUUCCCUGCCCGUGAGAAGCGGCCGAAGAUGGCCAAGGACGCCCCAGUCUUCCGUCGUGGCAAGAUCCAAGGCGAGUGCCGCUAUCCUCCUUGCGAAGAAAGAGAUGCAGAGCUGGAGAAGGCUCAUAGAGAGCUCUCGUUGCGUCCCAUGGGCAACAUUGCCGACUAUCCUCGUCAUAUCCCUUAUGCCAGUGACAAGAAAACCUUCCAGGAAAAGACCGGCCGAGAUAGUUUCCAUGUUUUUCAAUACACAUUCCAGAUACCUGGCGAAGAAAAGGAAUGGCAUGUUAUGUGGGACUACAACAUCGGCAUUACCACCCCGGCCAAGAUGCUGAACCAGAACCCUGGUCUCCGCGAUAUCUGUCACAGCAUCACCGGUGGAGCACUUUCUGCUCAAGGAUACUGGAUGCCAUAUGAAGCCGCCAGAGCCAUGGCAGCCACCUUCUGCUGGAGAAUCCGAUACGCCCUGACUCCACUGUUUGGCACAGAAUUUCCAGCCAUGUGCAUCCCCCCAACGGACCGCAAAAUCCAUGGCCGCAUGGUCAUCCCUCCGGAAAUUGUGCAGCGUGCCACCAACACCUCCAACCACUAUCGGUCCUUGGAGAUGAAGUCUAGGGUCGUAGGUAGCACCCCCGCGAUCAAUGCCCCCUCCUUAACACCUACUCUUCUGGAUCGUACGGGGUUACUGGACCGACAAGACUCGUCCCUGACACUGCCCCCGCUCAAGAUCCCGCGUCACCAAUACGCCGAGAGUAAUACCAGUGCGCGGGACUCCUCUACGGAGCCUUACUACAUGUCGCCUAAAAGCCAGUCGCCCACGUCUAACUUCACCCCCAUCAACCCCCCGCGCAACUCCAAUGUAGUGCCUCGCUCGCGGGUCGAGUCACCCCGGACUACCCUCCGAGCCAUCUCAGAUGCUAUACGCCCGGAGAAUGUCCCCGGGGGUAUCAGCGAAGACAGCGACACCGACAGCGAUGGUUCGUCCAACAUGUAUUCCACUCCAAACUGUCCUUCCGUGGAUGAACACAUGAUGGAAACCGACAAGCGCGGCGACCUCGACGAGCACAACGCCACGUCGGAAGCAGCUACCAUGCCAAGCGACUACGACGACCUAACCGACUCGGACGAUGAUUGGCAAAUGGACGAUGCUCACGAUGAGGACUACCGCGGACCCCCUCUCAAGAGAACCCUUGGUGGAGCUUCGUUUGGCCACGGUUCUACAAGUCCCGAAUCCCAGACUAAGAAGUAUCCCAGCCGGACAUCCCGAGCUGCCCGUCCUGAGCCAUCGCCACCCUUCACCCGCGAGGUCAGGGCUGCGGAAGCUCUUCUUCGUCUGCACUUGAAUGAGCUUGAAAACACGGGAACUGACACGGAGAUGGACGAUGACGAGAUGACGUCGCCUUCUGGCUCUCGCUCUCUUGAUGGCGAUGAAUCUCGUAGUCGUAAGCGACGUCGAGCUUCGCUUUGA